AUGGCAUUGCUCAAGGCCAACUCGGCCUGUAAGAUGGCCUCGAAUAUGGGUCAGGGGGAGCAUUCGGUCCUUGUGGGCCUGCUGUACAACAGCUACAAGCAGGAAUUGCCCUUCUUCCGCCAGGUCGCAGUGGCCACUCUUCGUGGUUAUGGCAUGCAGGAACAAGGUCCAGAUUUUAGAUCUCGUAUGUCAGCUUUCGUUAUCGCCGAAGCCUUGCUGAAACUCUACCAGAAGAAGAAGCUGUUCCCCUCCGGCAUGGAGUCCUCCAACCCUUUGGCCCAGAAAUGGGCGAUCAAGGUUGGUAGUGCAGCCCGCAAGCUAGUUUCGCAGGAUCGUUUGAAGUUCAUGAAGGAGAAGCAGGCCGAGGGUUACAGUAUGGAAAAAAUCAAUCGUGCUUGGAUCAAGAAGCUGAGGGAUAAGGAGGAUCAUGAAGCAGUUCAGGAUGAGCCGUUCUACCCUUCCUCCCAGUACAAGCCGAAGAAGAAGAAGGUCUCGAAGAAGGACUCGAAGACCCCCGAGAACCCAAAGAAGAAGCCAGAAGAGAAAAAAAAGAAGACCAGCAAAGCAAAGCCACCGGUUGAAUCGUCCACGUAUCAACCUGGAACCUUUAAAGAUGCUCGCAAUGCUUUUCUGCAAAAAAAGAGAGCCAAAGGUUUCACGCACCUCGAGGCCUGUAAGGCAUGGAUGCUGUCCAAUCGUCGAGCUAACAUGCUCUCGGACCUCCCGGAGAACGUGGCAGCUACAGCAGCUGCCGUGGAGCCCAUGGGCAAGGCUGUGCAUGCAGAUGGUAUGCCUCCCGUGGUUCUGCCGAAGCCUGCAGAGCUCGUGAAUCCCGGGCCGCUGCAUGUGCCGCCGAUGACUAUGAGGAUUUGCUUCCUGGGGUGCAGAGCAGAGCGAGAGCGAGGCCUCGAUCACCUCGAGUACGCUGAGACGGCAGUUUCAGCAGAUGAGGCAGCAGAUCGAGAAGGAGGAGCAGGCUGUGCAGGCCGAGGGAUCGAGGCGAUCACGAUCGAGAUCGGGGCGAUCGAGAUCGAGGCGAUCGAGAUCGGGGCGAUCGAGAUCGAGGCGAUCGAGAUCAAGGCGAUCGAGAUCAAGGCGAUCGAGAUCGAGGCGAUCGAGAUCAAGGCGAUCGAGAUCGAGGCGGCGAUCGAGAUCGAGGCGGCGAUCGAGAUCAAGGCGGCGAUCGAGAUCGAGGCGAUCCCGGAGGCGAUCGAGAUCGAGGCGAUCCCGGAGGCGAUCGAGAUCGAGGAGGAGGAGGAGGGUACGUAUCAGAGCCGUGUACACUAUUGCAAGUUAAUUGAAAAAGAUUGGUCGAUGCGAGCUGGUCGUGGUGAGGAUCUCAGCGAAGGUGAUAUCAUCAUGUGCAAGCUGAUCAAUUGGUGCAGGGGCCUGACCCUAGAUAGCGAUGCCGAGGCUAAGUUUUGCCUCGAGCCGCCAAAGAAGGAGCCGAAGCUGUGGAAAGGUGCUUCGAAGCUGACACCUCCUAGGAGGGUCCGAGAAAAGUCAACCCCGGCGGGGAGCUCGGGGAUCAAGCGAUCUGCUGUAGAUCGUGACGGUGCGUGGGUAUAUGAAGGGCAUGUUCAUGAGAAUCAAAAGAAGAAGAACAAGAAGCAAAAGCAACCCAAGGAGGAGGAGAAAGAGGAGGAGCAUGAUGCAGUGCCAGCAACAAGCAACAAAAAGACCAAGAAGGCAAAGAAGGAGAAAGCAAAGGAAAAUAAGGCUGCAAAGGUUUCCAUUGAUCAAAUGGACACCCAGGAGUGGGAUGCCGAGGAUACGGUGCCAGGGGCACAGGAUCUCGAAUGGGAUGAUGAGGUGCAGGCCGAAUGGGAGGCAUGGCGAGAGGAAUGCAGGCUCAUCAAGAUCAGUCAGCAGGAGGAAGACGAAGGCGAGGUCGAUGGAGAGGCUUGGGAUCCGGAGGACUUCAUUCCUGAGAGCGACUGGUAUCACAUGGUGGUACCUUCAAGUAAGUUGCCACUGUGGGGAGGGUUGAGAAGUGAUUAUGAGUCUUCGCACUCGUCUGAUCAGCUCGAGGAAGUGCCGGAGAAAGUCGCCAAAGAUCCCGUACCGUCAACCGCGAAGGAGGUGCCGGAGAAAGUCGCCGAAGAUCCCGUACCGUCAACCGCGAUGGUCCUGCAUGAAAAGAAGGAUGAGAAGAUCACUUCGGCCACGCACCGCUCAAGCUGGAACAAGCUGUCGCAGCUUGCGGAGAGCGGCGAGUUCCCAUGCCUGGCUUCGGUGUGGUCUACUGCCGAUAGAAAGAAAAAGAACGAGCUACUUCGGAAGUAUGUGCUCUCCAAAGACCCCAAUCAGGUCGAAAGCGAGCUGCAAGUCACGAGUACCCAAGGCACUGGUAGCAGAAAGGUCAGGGUGUGCUUGACCCUCCGCCAGAUGAGAAAGAAGCCGUACUUCUUCCCCAAGGAGAAGUGUGAGUGGAUCGCACAGAACAGAAAAGGCAUCGAGGACGAAGACUUUCCAGGUGGUCCACUAAAGUAUUGGGUCAAUGUCAUGAUGGAAGCCGAAGACUACAAGAAGAACCAGUCCGAAGUCCGAUCCCGCUCCAAUAUGGACAUUCAGGAGGCGAUGCAGGUCCACCUCGCGAACAAGCCUGCUUUCGGCAAGAAGUCUGAUCGCACAGAGACGGUCGAUGAUGACGAUGACAGCGACGAAGAGCAGAAGCCCGAUGCUUUCGAGAAAGCCACAGCAGACAUGCGGUCCGCAUUCCAGAAGGGAUUUCCGUCGAGACCUCUUCGAGAUGAUGAGCUUUUCGCAAAAGCCAAAAAGGCGAAGAUGGCGAUCCCCUGCUUGGCUCAGUAUGUCGUCACGCCUGUGCAUGUGCAUGCUGGGCAGAUCGAGUACCAGUCCUGGCCAUAUAUAAGUCCGAUAGAGUGGUUGGAAAAGUUGAUGAUGGACCAUCGAGAUGCCUUAGUACCAAGCCCCAGUGAGAUAAAGGAUUUCUGGAAAACGUGGCUCAAAGACCACCCCCUCGACGAAUUCCACGACGACAGCUGGCCGCUGGAGAGAAUCAUACCGCUACAAUUGUGGGGGGAUGAGGGUACCCUGAGGUCUAACUCUUGGCUCCUGGUGACUUUGCAAUCAGCCCUUGGCCCUCCUGAUGUGCGAAGUCUGUCACAGGCGAGCAGGUACCCUCUUUUCUCUUUCCCCGUGGAAGGUUAUGUGAAAGAUCCCGACACCAAUGUCAACAUGUCGCUGGACAUGUUGUUGGAAAAAAUUUCCUCGGACUUCAACAAGCUGCUUAGCGAGGGCUUCACAACGAAGCAUGGACAUUUUUUUGCCAGGCUAGUAACGCUGAAGGGCGACUGGAAAUGGCUAGUGCAGGCACUGAACCUGGUUAGAUCGCCGAGCUCCGACAUGAUAUGCCCAUUUUGUCAUGCCGGGAAAACGCACAUGCUCUUCACGAAUGUCCGAGAGGAUGCCCCGUGGGCAAACACACUUUUCUCUUCUGCACCUUGGCAGGUGUUCCCUAGUAUAAUGCGGAUCAAGUAUUUUCGCCUGGAGAUGGUUGUCUUCGACCUGAUGCACGUUUGGCAUUUGGGGUGUGGCAGAGAUAUCGCCGGCACGUGCAUUAAGGAGCUCACGAAAGCCAAAAUUUUUGUUGGUAGCAAGAUCGGUGAGAGGCUCCAAUCGGCAUAUCAAUCCUUGAGAUCCUGGGCUCGAGAACACAACAAAACAUUGGCCAUCAAAAGGUUUACGAAGGAGAAUGUGCAUUGGUACAGCGAUGCCUGCCCCGGAAUCCACUGCAAAGCUUCGGACACAGCUGUCAUCACGGCAUGGUUGGCAUGGCUUUUCCAGAACUUGAAUCAUGACUUGGUGUGGCCACUACCUGAAUUGCGAGAGAUUGUGCAACAUGCCGAGACCUGUAUAGGUACCAUGGUGCGAGCGGGUAGGUAUUUCACCCACAACGAGUGGGUCGACGUCGUAUCCUCGGGUCACUUGUUGGUUAAGCAGUGGUUUCGCUUGGCCAAGCAGGGUGUGGACAGGUCGCUUGUCUUUUUAGCAAAGGUAAGGCCGAAGGGGCAUGCCUUGCAACACAUGAUCCAGUUUCUUGAGCUGUCGGAGUCUCGCGAGAACCCGGCCUUUUACAGCUGCUGGAUGGACGAGGACUACGUGAAGAAGUUCCUGCGAGUCCAAAGAGUCUUGCACUACGGUCCGAGGACAGCUGCAGGCGACGCGGGGUCACCAGUGGGUCGACAUAGACAACACGAGAUCCCCUCGAUGUUCGUGCCUGAGCAGCGCCUGACACGUGUGAAGAAGGAGCCCCGCAUGGAGGAGCCUGAAGCAAAGCGGGGGCUGAGGCCACCUCGUGGGGGAGGACGAAAGAAAGACUGGCCUGAGGCAGUCGAGCCUGCAGGGAAGGGCGAAGCAAAGGUGACAUCGAUGAAGCAACUCUUGACUGACGUGAAGCAGGAGCCCUGCAAGAAGGUCACAAUGAUCAAGCAAUGCUUGACUGAUGUCAAGAAGGCCGUUGCUGUUCGUCUGAGAGGCAAGCAAGCGGUGAAGAGCGGCACCAACAAGGGCAAGAAGUACAAGAGGCACGUUGAGGCUGACAUCAAGAAGUUGUCAGAGAUGGACAACUACCUCAGUGUGCCGCACAGGGCCUGGAAGCGCCUGAUCUACUCGAUGAUCCCGGGCGACUUCAAGGUCCAGACUGAAGCCCUCGAGAUGCUCCAGGCUGUGGCUGAGGAGGUCAUGCAGGAGCACCUUGUGUCCGCGGUGCCGAGAUGCCUGUUGGAAUCCGGAUAA